AUGCCAAAGCUCCGCCUCAAACGCACCCCUACAGAAGAAGCCGAGCGCGAGCUCAAGAAAGCGCGCAAAGCCGCCCGCCGCGCCGCGAAGCGCAAGCACCUCCCCGACCACGACAGCGAGUACGAAGACCGGCCCCACUCGCAGCGCAAACGCCGGCGCACGCCGACGGCUCCGUCUCCGAAGAGGAGUGCGGCCCGCAGCCCGCCCCCUCGUCGUCCUCGCACCAUCCGCGCGGAGGUCGAGGAGGCGCGCUUCCGCGAGAAGCUGUGGGGCGCGGCGGACGACGACGGCGGGGCGCGGCUGGACGCGCUCGAGGCGACGUUGAACGCGUACGCGCAUGUGCCGAGGCGGUGGCGGGGCGGGGGCAUGGAGCGCAUGGACGAUGACGAGGGGAUAGACCCGCAGGUGAUGGAGGACGAGGACUACGCGGAGUGGGUCCGGGCGGGGAUGUGGAGGAGGAAGCAUGCUGCAGAGUACGAAGAGCAGCAGCGCCGCAAAGCCGAGCGCCAGGCCCGGAUUGACCGCGAAGAGGCCCUUCAUGAAGAGACAAAGAAGAUGGAGCGCCUCGCGGAGGACGAGCGACGGCAGAAACGGUCUAAGAAGGAGGCCCACCAGCUGCUUGGCUUCGAAGACGUGCCGUGGCCCGUGCACGCACUCAGUGCGUGCGCGACGCUCGUUGCGCGGGAGGAGUCCCUCGUGCACGACUUCACGCUGGACGCCAUCUCAAGUUUCCUGUUCCCCCACCGUUCGUCGUCAGACGAGGACGAACAGGAUCCCGCGGAAAGGACGAAGAAGAAGAGGGAUCGGCUGCGGGAGACCAUGCUGCGGUACCACCCGGACAAGUUCGAGGGGCGGGUUGGGGCGAGAGUGAAGCCGUCGGAGCAGUACAUAGUGAAAGAGGCCGUAGGGAUUGUCGCGCGGAGUCUAAAUGCACUGCUGGAUCAGUGCAAGUAG